AUGGGCCGGCGCUGGCAGCAUGCCUUCCAAACGCCCGAAAACGCGAAAAGACUUGAGAUAGUCAUCAUCUGCGCUCUCACCCUCGAGGCCGAUGUUGUUAAGGACCUAGACGUCUUCCCAGAUUGCAAGUGGUACGCAAAUGGGCCCAGAGGAUAUGGAAAGGCGAAAGGCGCCCCCAAUUUCUAUUCGACAGGCUACAUUGCCAGUUAUAAUGUCGUUUUGGCGCACAUACCUAAAACGGAAAAGGCCAACGCGCCGGCCGUAGCAUCCCAUAGCCGCAUGAGCUUUCCAAACAUCCGCCUGGCACUGAUACUCGGUGUUUGCGGUGCAGUUCCUUCCAAAUUGGCUACAGCAAUAUCAAAAACGAGGUGGUUCUGGGUGAUGUUAUCAUCAGCCAUGGAGUUGUUCAAUACGACCUUGGCGCUCAGCUACCUGACCGGUUCGAGCCAUAGGAUACCAUGCUGGCGAGGCUAG